AUGGAAUCAAAUUCAAUCAUUUGGUCUCUUCUUUUGGCUUCUGCUCUCAUCUCUUCCUUUAGUGUAAAUGCACAAGGACCUGCUGCUUCACCAGUAACCUCCACAACCACUGCUCCGCCUCCAACAACUGCUGCUCCUCCAACCACUGCUGCUCCGCCUCCAACUACCACUACUCCACCCGUUUCAGCUGCGCAGCCACCAGCAUCUCCGGUUACACCUCCACCAGCAGUUACUCCAACUUCACCACCAGCUCCAAAAGUUGCACCAGUAAUCAGCCCCGCAACUCCGCCUCCACAACCACCACAAAGCCCGCCCGCUUCAGCUCCAACCGUCUCACCACCACCUGUAUCACCACCACCAGCACCGACGUCUCCCCCACCCACACCAGCUUCACCACCACCUGCACCAGCUUCUCCACCUCCUGCACCAGCUUCACCGCCACCUGCACCAGUUUCCCCACCCCCUGUACAAGCGCCAUCACCAAUAAGUUUACCACCAGCUCCAGCACCGGCUCCUACCAAGCACAAGAGAAAGCACAAACACAAAAGGCAUCACCAUGCCCCAGCUCCAGCACCAAUUCCCCCAAGCCCUCCAUCUCCUCCAGUUCUAACAGAUCCACAGGACACGGCUCCAGCACCAUCACCAAACACGAAUGGAGGAAAUGCCUUAAAUCAGCUUAAAGGAAGAGCAGUAAUGUGGCUCAAUACUGGACUAGUAAUCCUCUUUCUACUUGCUAUGACAGCCUAA